AUGCUCUACAAUUCAGCUCUAUACAUCGUAAGAACAGAGAGGAACACCAUGCGGUCUCUGUUCCUUAUUACGCUGACAACACAAGCCGUAUUAACGUUGGCUAAUCAAUACGACCCUCAUGUUUUUCCAGCGGAUGGCCCGUUCAUGGAAGGAUGGUAUGCAAGAAUAAUAGAUUUUGAAUCAAACCACUCAUUUGGCAUUCUAUUUGGACAAGUUAUAAGACGAAAACAGGGCGCCCACUUCAACAAUUACCCGCUGAACAUGGUGUCGAUAAUUCACAGCAAAGGGGAUGAGAGCUCUAUGGAAAGUUUCGAAGUUUACCCUUCGAGCGAAAAUGUGAAGGUGACAGUUCGCGGCAAGCCAGUUACGGACGAUCCCGAUUUCAAAUCUCCGGCGAACUUCGAAUGGCGCGCGGAACCGUAUGGAUAUUUCAGAGUUACCGAACAGGAAACGAGGUUCAAUUUUACAAAUGUAAGCGGAGUAAGCUUCAUUGGCGUUUUGGGACCACCGAGACCCUGGGGCCCAAACGGGGAGGGCCCAGAGGGGUGGAUUGGUCAUGUACCUUUUCUUCCUUUGCACUGGUUUGUGUACAGUUUAGGCUCAGAUCUUAUAAACUACAACUGGAUCAAUGAAAACACUGGGGAAAUGCUGCGAGGAAAUAAAGGCCUAGUACACCAAGAAAAGAACUGGGGCAAAGGAUUUCCGCCAGCUUGGAUCUGGGGGGAGGGUGUCGAUGGACCUUCAGGGUCCUCAUUUGCAAUAUCUCUUGGAGUCCUUGAUAUAGCCUCAUUUGACAUCCCAGCACAUUUGAUUGGGUACCGCAGCUCAAAAGUGACACUCAACUUCAGGCCAACAAAUUCUUGGUUAACAAAGCAUAUCGACGGCUGUACUGGCAUGAUGAAUGCAACUGUGCAAAGCUUUGAGCACAAACUUGAAUUUGAAAUCCAUGCAGCUCCAUCAACAUUCCAGACAUGUUUGCUUGGGCCAACUGAGGAUGGUUUUGCCCCUAUUUUGGUUGAGAGCUAUGUUGCACUUGCUAAAUUUCAUGUCUAUAAGUCAACCUUCAGAGGUUAUGAACUGAUUGAGACAAGAACAUUCAAGUCCGCAGCCUUGGAAUUUGGUGGCUUGUAUCUUUGCAUGGAUAAAAAUCCUUGUAAAGAAAAGUGGCUUUUGUAG